UGGGAGAUUGAUUUUGCAGAUACGUGGUAGAAAACACUUUCAGGUAGCUGCCAUGACACUUGUCCCGCGAGGUCUGCUUCCCAGAAUGUGUUCAUGUCCCUCAGAGACUGGUUGCUCUUACUGCAGGGUGCUGGCGUAGAUGUACAGUUUUCUCAAUGUUGUCUUCAACUUUCACAUGGAGUGAAAAACCAAGUCCAGUGAACAGGCUUAAACACUGAUUUGACUUCCCGUGGCAGAUAAGCCGCUGUGCCUAGACUUUCAUAAUGGGAGCACUGUGGAGUGAAAGAGACGCCUUGAUGUUUUCAUGCUUAAUACUGUGUUAAUAGAGUUUUAGAUAUACGUUGCUAUUUAUGAGCCUGUAUCGUGCCUGCUUGUAUACAGAAUAGGCUGACUGGACAAAUGUGGUGCCCCGUGUUAUGUACCGUUAGAUAAUGGCUAAGACUGUGUACUGUUAUAACACUGCCUUUUGAUGUGCAUGUGUGAGAGCUACGUGUAUGCUGGAGGAUGCUUCCUUCAGCAGCCGUGAAUGUGAGCAAAUUUACACCUGUAUUUGUACAGCUCGGCCUGACCCAACCUUUGUCAGUCAGUCAAGAGAGGAGGGGGCAGACGGUUACAAGCAGACGGCAGGGAAAAAAGCAGACGGCACCCCAAAAAACUGCUGCAUUUUGACAACAUUUGGAUGUUUUGAUUGUUGUGCUCUGUGACGAUGUCUUGGAAGUGAUUUGGGAACCAUAUAGAUAACUCCCAGUGUGUUUUGGGUCUUUAUUUACUUGGUUAUUGGGAUAUCCGUGUGCAUAUUUGCCAAGAGAAGUGACACUUGGCUUACAGAUACUGUGACCGUUUUCUUCAGUAGGAUAUAUUUUUUCCCAAUGAACAUUCAACAUAUUGUGGAGACUUUUUUGUCGCUGAGUGUUUGGGGAUUAUAUUUCAACGAUGUUCAAGAAGUUGACGUGACUGACAAUUUAGACAUUGUUUACAUGCUUAUUCAUGAGCUGUGUUUUACCAGAUGAGCGUUUGUUCAAAAAGUCUGGUUCAUGAUGAGAAAAAUACUUACAAACUGCAGUUCGUUGUGUUAGUUAAUGUAUUGACGUCUGCUGAUAUAUGUGCGCCUAUUGUGUCAGAACCGAUCUGUUGACAAAGUGAAUCCGGGUAUUCAUCCAUAUGUUUACCAAAGGGGAUAGUGUCAUCAGUUUCAUUGAAUGUUGUAGGGUGUCCAGACAUUUUGUUUCCCUUUUUAGACCACGUGUAACAAUCAUAUUUUAUCUACACUGGUUGUAAAGAUUACGGAACAAAGACACAAAAACUGUGGCCACUGUGGUAUCAGCAGUCCUUUAUCUGAAAUGUGGCGUAUUCGGCUGAAUGUGAAAACUCUCCAAGAUUCAUGUGAUUGCGAAAUGAAUAUUAUUCAUUUUUGAUGGAUCUAUACAGUACUCUCUGUGCUCGUGAAUUUUCUGCAUUCCCACAUUGCUAUGUUUUCAUUGUUUGCCUUUGGUGGAUUCCUAACUGAUGAAAUGGAUGUUACUGCCCUUAAUAAUGGAUAUACGUCAGAGGUUGCUCACUGAUGAUGCGUGAUGAUUCGGUGAUGCCUACACGGGUUUAACAUGGAUUUGAGUGGUACAACUAUAGUCAGGAGAAAGUAGCAGGAUAAAUAUAUCAUGAUGGAUAGCGAUCCAAUACCCGUUACCUUAAUUAGCAUGAAACCUCUCAGCGACAAGCCUGUCGAGAAAGACAUGACAAGAGAGAAAGAAAUUGUCAAUACAAACGUAACAAAGAAGGGAGGUGCCAUGCGUAACUCACAGGGCGACAUUGGGAUCCGGUACGGCCUGGAACCCGAUGUCUCCAACACCGACAUGAAGCAGAAGAUGGAGGAUGUCCGGGAGAACCUCAAGAAGGAGAUCCGCAAGGAAAUGAAGAUAAAAGAAGGAGCGGAAAAGUUGAAGGAAGUGUCCACAGACAAACGGAGUCUGUCCAACGUCAACAGUAUUGUGAAGAAGGCCAACAGCAAGCUGCAGGUGCUGCAGAAGGAACUGCAAGAUGUCAACGCUCAUCUGAUGAUGAUCAACACAGGAUACGAUACUCCUGCAGACUGUAUGUCACCAGAGAAGGUGGGGAACUCUGAUGACGGAGACACGAAGAACCAGCGUCUCACCUACCUGCAGAAGCAGCUGAACAUAGAACUGAAGGUGAAGCAGGGAGCAGAGAACAUGCUGACGAUGUACAGCCAGGGGUCGCGGGACAAGAAGCUCCUGGCGGAGGCUCAGCAGAUGCUGGAGGAUGCCAAAGUGAAGACGGAGUUCAUCAGGAUGCAGAUUCUUAAACUGUCACAAGACCAGGACCAGUCAGAUGGCCAGUGUCAGACGCUGUCUCCACUUGAAAUGAGAAUUGAAGAAUUGCGGCAUCAUCUACGAAUUGAGUCAGCUGUCACAGAAGGAGCCAAAAAUGUGAUGAGAAUUUUACAGAACUCAAAGUCAGAGGACAAGAAAGCCUUGAAAGAAGCCCAGUCCAACCUAAAUGAGUCAAGUCAGAAGAUUGACUUGAUGCGGAUCUCCCUGGAGAAGCGCCUGUUGGAGAUGGAGCCAUCCCCGAAGGUGCAGAUGUUAAGGGAGGAGAUCGACCAGCUGCUGCAUCCCACCUACCCCGGGGUGCGCACUUCCGUCAACAACAAGCAGCACAACUCCUCCUCCCUGGCCAAGGCUGCUGCUGUCACGGGCAAGCUGGAAGUCAGGUUGGUGGGUGUCCAGCAGCUGUUGGAGGACAUCCCCACACGGAGGAAGGACAGCAUCCAGCUGAUGAUGUCCAGUCCGGGGGAGAGCCGCAGCCUGCUCCGCCGUGGCAGCAGCAAGACCUACAACAUCAAGGAUGACCUCACAAACGAGGUCAUGGCGGUGUUGAAGCUAGACAACGUCUCGGUUGGGCAGACAUCGUGGAAGACGUGCAGCCAGCAGUGCUGGGAUAACAGAUACACCAUCGACCUUGACAGGUCCAGGGAGCUGGAAAUCGCAAUAUUCUGGCGAGACUGGCGGCAGAUGAGUGCAUUGAAAUUUUUGAGAUUAGAAGACUUCUUAGACAACCAACGCCAUGGUAUUACAAUACACCUGGAACCGCAGGGCAUUCUCUUUGCUGAGAUUAAGUUUGUUAACCCCACAUUAUCGAGGAAACCCAAACUGCAGAGACAGAGGAGAAUAUUCCCCAAGCAUAAAGGCAAGAACUUCCUUCGGCCAGGACAGAUGAACAUAAAUGUAGCAACUUGGGGCCGACUAAUGAAGAGGUCACUUCCAUCAGGAGGGGAAUCCAAUAGCCAUGAAACACCUACACAGAUCACAUCACCAGGUAUCACAUCAGCUGACCGGGGUCCACCUGUUCAACAGAUGAACUUCUCACCCCCCAUGCCGGAGAAGCAGCCAGUGGUCAUAGAAGAUUCUCAUCCGAAGUCACCAAAAGAUGUUCAAAAAGAGACAGAUAUCGAGAAUGCACUGUCCACCUUCAACUUCCUCCCGGAGGACCCACUCUCCCCCAACACUUCAGGCACAGUGGUGGACCUGGACAAUGUACCUGAACGCCGGGCUUCACGGGGGUCAACGAAGAGUUACCGAGCACCCUCACCCCCCACCCAACCUCCCCCACUCCCUGCUCACACAGAAGAGAGGGUCAAACCACCUCCUCCACCUCGGAAGAAAGAGCCCGAUUUUGCCAAUCAAACAUGUAGAAUGUCCGAGUUCAGAUGUAUCAGUGUUUUGGGGAGAGGUCACUUUGGAAAGGUGCUGUUAACAGAAUACAAGAAAACUGGUGAAUAUUUUGCAAUAAAAGCAUUGAAGAAGGGUGAUAUUAUAGCACGAGACGAGGUGGAGAGUUUAAUGUCAGAGAAGCGAAUCUUCGAAGUGAUCAACGCCACACGGCAUCCCUUCCUCGUCAACUUAUUUGCAUGUUUCCAAACAGAGGAGCAUGUGUGUUUUGUGAUGGAGUACGCAUGUGGCGGGGACCUUAUGAUGCACAUACACAACGAUGUGUUCUCCGAGAACAGGACAGUGUUCUAUGCAGGCUGUGUGGUGUUGGGCCUGCAAUAUCUUCAUGAGCAUAAUAUUGUAUAUAGGGAUUUAAAACUUGAUAACUUACUGCUAGAUACUGAAGGCUACUUAAAGAUAGCUGACUUCGGCCUGUGUAAGGAGUCCAUGGGUUUCGGUGACCGGACAAGCACAUUCUGCGGCACCCCAGAGUUCCUGGCCCCCGAGGUGCUGACGGACACCUCGUACACCCGGGCGGUGGACUGGUGGGGUCUGGGAGUGCUCAUUUAUGAAAUGCUGGUCGGAGAGUCUCCCUUCCCCGGUGAUGAUGAGGAGGAGGUAUUCGACAGCAUAGUCAACGAGGAGGUCCGCUACCCCCGCUUCCUCUCCACAGAAGCCAUCGCUAUCAUGAGGAGGUUAUUACGAAGGAAUCCCGAACGUCGUCUUGGUUCCAGUGAACGAGAUGCAGAAGACGUAAAGAAACAAGCUUUCUUCAGGAACGUGGCCUGGAGUGAUCUGUUGUUGCGAAAAGUCAAGCCGCCAUUCAUCCCUACUGUGAAAGGAAUGGAGGAUGUCAGCAACUUCGAUGAGGAAUUCACGCAGGAACAAGCUGUGCUAACCCCAGCUAAGGAAAGACGCCCUUUGAUCACGAACGAACAGGACCUUUUCCGCGAAUUCACAUAUAUAGCGGACUGGUGCUGAGUUACCUCCCCUGCUUAUUGUUGCCGCUUUCCGACACCAUUAUUAAUAAAGUCAUCAUAAUCGCCAUGGUAACCGCAUAUCAUCAUCAUUCUCAUGGAUACUAAAUGUGCUUGUUUUGGAGUGGCCGACGUAUUUGUUGACCCAGCUGAGUGUGUUGACAGCUGUGCCACCUUCGACCCUUCAUCAGGAACGCUGUUCACGUGGAACGCAUGCUUCAGACGGAGUUUGAAGCAUUCUACAUAUAAUGUGUGACAAACCCUAUUGCAGUGUUCUUGUAAUUUGUAUAAUAUAGAAGACGAGAUAUCCUUUUGAAGUAUAUUGACAAUUGGUGACAAACUGUGUUUGCAGUUCAUUGAAGCCCAGUUGCAUGGGUUUAAACUCAACAUUGGCCUUGCUUUGCUCAAAUUGUAAAGUGUGUAAGUUGUACAAGAACUCUCUGGAAGGGAUGAGUUAGAUGUCUGUUCCGUUCUGCUUAAAUUUGAAGUGUUCAAAACCAUCAUCCAAGGACCUGUGAAGAAACAAGGCCCUUCAUAUUUGGUUGAAUAUAGUCAUUUGAAGCUUGUAGUUAUUGUAGCUUAUUCUUUGUGAUGCUCGUCUAUCGGUUCGGUUUGAGAGUGUCAGGGUCACAAAUAUUGUGUGAUACGUUUCCUAGGUAACUGUAACUGUGUUGAUUGUGAGAUGACAUUAAUGCCACAUUCUGUACGGUGUUUGCUAGCAACAAUCGGUUGAUGAAGAUGCACUAGAUCAGGCAGCCGAUUAUGCGAGACUGGCUUAUUGGGGUGUCAUGAUUCACAAUGUAUUGAUAACUGGCAAACUUAAAUCUGACAAUACGAUACCACAUACGCCUACCAAUCAUUUGAUUCAUAUUUCAUUUCCGUAUCAAUUUACAAAACUAAUUUUGUCUUAGUUUUGCAAUAACCCGGCCUCUAAACAACUAAGACUAGCGUUACAUAACUGCCUGUUACGAAAGAAAGAAAAUGCUGAAUCAGAUUGCAUAAUACCGUCAGAACACGCUUAACUUAUCCUGUCAUGUUUGUCAACAACAACCUCUUGUUAGCCAGACCACAUGGAAAAUUGAAAAUCUUGCGAAACAGAAGUUCAAAUUUAUUUUGUUUGAUUGUUGUUUAACGCCGCACUCAGCAAUAUUUCAGCUAUAUGACAGUGGUCUGUAAAUAUUCAAGUCUGGACCAGGAAAUCCAGUGAUUGACAUCAUGAGAAUUGAUAUACGCAAUAUCAGAAAGCCUGACACCUGAUCCCGUUAACAACAACAAGCCUGGGUUGCUGAAGACCAAUUCUAACCCAAAUCUUCACGUGUCAACACACUGAGGAUCGAACUAAAUAUUGCAGUAUGUAUUGAUGAGAUUAUGAUUCUAGUAUCACUGUGUGUAUCGAUACAUGAGGUAGGAGUAUCAUGACUCAAGUAUCGUGAAAUGUAACGGUACAUGAGGUAGGGGUAUCGUGGCUGAAGUAGCUCAAUAUGUUUUUAUGCCUGAGGUACAUGAGGCCGGCAAGUAUGAUAUGCAUCGAUGUGUGAGGUAGGUGUAUUGUGCCCCUGUAAUGACUGACCUGUACUUACUUCCAUGACUUCCAUGACAUAUGGUGAAGUGUUCUGGUAGAUUCCUGGAGAACAAUGGAAACCAAAGACAAAAAAGCAGCCAAAACUAUAUGAAUGCAGCCAAGAAUGUUCUUUUUGGAAAAAAUUGGUAACAAAAGUGUCUAGAUUCACUUUUUCUAAGAAGCAAAAGUAAUGAAUAUGUCUUCAUUGUACAUCAUCCAGAAUGUUCUGUUUAGUUGUGCUAUGCUCAGGAGUUAAUCUCCACAUUUGUUAAUUUCUUGACCGAUUAAUUAGCUCCAACAACAAUCAUCUAUUUGUCUGAAUGAUAUCAAUACAUUGUUUACAGACUGUUUUUUCCUGUCCAAGGUUUGGUGGUCAUUUAGUAUAGAAAAAAACAUGCUAAAAACAGGCAUUUGGAAGUGAACUGUAUAAUGUUUUGAUGGUAGGUGAAAUAAGAAAAAAACGGGUGGUCCGAGGGUUAAGACCACCUCUUUUCCUCUUCCCGUUUAGACACCGUUUGGGGGAGGCCACAGAUACACUGAUCUGAAACAGUUCAGUUCACAGUAUAGAGGUGUGUCCCUUACCUGUACCAGGAUCCUAUGUUUGGAGUUCAAAUCCCAGAUAUUUCCUGAUCUAUGGUUUGUGUGCACCAUACACGAGGGUUUCAGCAAAAUGGUAAAUGUUGCUGAAAUAUUGCUGAAAUACAGUUUAUGGCUCCAUUCAACCCAACGGACACUCAUUAAGCAAUGAGGAGGGCGGUCGGUCGGGUAGCCUAAAGGGUUCGCUCGUCACGCCGAAUACCCGGGUUCGAUUCCCGACAUGGGUACAAUGUGUGAGGCCCAUUUAUGGUGUCCCCCGCUGUGAUAUUGCUGGAAUAUUGCUAAAAGCAGCAUAAAACACUCUUGAUGGGGAACUUCAUGUACUUAAUUUGGAAAUGAUGUAUGUAUGAUAACGCAAACUUCUCUUAUUGUAAAGAAUGUAUUCAAUUGAGAGCAAUGUUAGUGUAACUAUUAAAAAGAAAUAGUAAUUAAAUUAAUGUUGAAUAGAUAUGGUAAUUUACUCAUGCGGCAAGUGGUCAGUUCCAGUGUAGAUUUCAACUGUCAGGAGACACGUGCACUGACUGACCUCUCUCUCUCAGUCUGUUCCUUGGUCUUUUGAUUUCCUAGAUUGCUCAACACAGACCACAUCCUUUCCAUACAUUACUCCAACACAACCACUUCAUUAUGGAAAAGUAUUGAACAUAGAUAUAGAAAUGGGUUCCUACCUCAGUCUGAGGUAUUUAUUGAAACAUUUGAUACCUGUAAAGUGGCAGCGCUCACAUGAACUCGAAUGCUGUGUUUGACCUGAUUGAUAACCUGUAAAUAAUUCAAUGAGAAUUAAAUAUGUUUACGUUUGAAUUAAGAAUCUAUUUUCACAGAUUUUUAAAUAUUAAGGUAGAAAAAGCAAAUAGGUUAAUGGCGAGGAAUGGAUUAUUUUGAUUUGGUUUGCUUGAAUGAAUUUGAAGACUUUGGAUAAAGCAUAAUAUUAAGGAAACAUGUAAUUACUAUCAAGCUAUUCUUGAUAUAUAUAUAUAUAUUUCAAAAAUUAUGAUGUAAAUGUAAUUUUGUAAUGAAAUAAUACCUUGAUAUAAAUAAUUUAUAUUCAUUGAUAAUGUUAAGGGUUAUAGGUUAAAAUGGGACAAGAUGGUGAAAUUGGCAUUUUGAUUUAGGUCGUUGAAACACAACUUUGUUCAUAAGUCACAGUUUAUGAUGGAUAUCAUUGUAACAGUUUACAUGAUUAAUUAACUACAUAAACAAUUUCUCCAUUUCACACAGGCACAAAUUAAAACACCUAAACCUGGAUUGUCAAGGGCCAACAGACCCUAUAUACCCCAACACUGCCUAUUAUUGGCUUCUGGUUGCAAUAUAUCACUGAUGAGAGCUGUACUGAACCGUGAAUCGUCAUAUGCAAGUAUUGUAUGUAUAUUUGCCUUCCAGUCAAUCUGGACUUAUAUUUUUAUACGUAGCUUUUGGUUUUGGAAACAUAUUUUGUCCAAGUGCUAUUAAGUUUAGUGCAACUCGGCAGUGAAUCGUAUUCAUCUCAUAUGCUUCCUCUUCAGGGAUAUUUGAUGCAAAUAAACCAAGUGCUAUUGUUUAUAUUACAUGCUCGUGCUUGUGAUCUUCUUUACAUUGCAUUCCGCACUUACUUUUAUUUUUGCAUCCUCGUGAAGGCAUCACUUGUAACAUAUCUAUGUCUUGAAAUCUGAAUGUCAUGUUUGGGGAGAUGCGUGUGAUGAGCCACUUUGAUAGGUACUUAUGCCUUUCUUCUGUUGGCUUGCUUCAACAGUCAUGGUCUGUGAACAUAACAAGCCAGCCUUAUUUGUAAGGUCUACUUGAAUAAGUAGGAAAUAUAAGUUCAUUACAAUAUUUGCAUCCAUUCUGUAUGAUUAUGGACCCUAGUUGGUCAUAACAUGCCCAUCUAAAAUCUGAACAUGAUAUUCAGACAAAUUAAUUCAAGGGAGUUUUAUUUUAUUUAGUUGUACAUUACAAUUUUAUGUUAUUGUCCUAUCAUUUGAACAUUGUAUAUAAUCCAUGCACACAUAACACUCAAAGUAUUAUGUCAUCCAAGUUUCACCCCUCAUGGAGAAUGCAAUAAUGGGAGGUAACUCUUUUAAGAUGUUAUUUUGAAGACCAUUAAAAAUGCCAAAUUUAUUAUUUUUCUGCCCAGCAGAUAAUUUGAGGAUGUGUUGUUUUCAGUUUAAGAAUUAUAUGGGUAAAUGUUUGCUCAACAGAUAAAUCGAAUUCAUCCAGUUAGUUUUCUUUGAAAUUUUGGUUUGAAAAACUUGUCAAAACAUUGAUAAAUAUUCAUGAGCUGCCUCUCCUUAUUGAACAGGUGAAGAUUAUCAUCUGUGAUUCUAUGUAUGCAUUUACUUGUAAAUAUGUAUUUUGUAUAUUUGUCAUUGGUAUGAUUUAGUGCUAUGGAGUUUCAAAUUUAUUUUCAUGGUGAGCUCUCAGUUUUUGCAGUUGUGCUUAUGAUUAAUAAUCCCAACCUUAUCUUAAGCAAAACAAUAAUUAAUUUGAUUAUUAACUUUACAAACUUCACUGUCCAUCAUUAUGAAUAUUCUAUUUGAUGAAGUAGAAGAAAACAUAAGAUGAAUUAUUUAGGUGAAUAUUGUUUGUCAUGACAUACACUAGCUUAUGUAUUUUCUUUUCAUUCAAAAAUUGAAAGAUUUGUGAAUCACUUUCUUGUCCAUCCAUAAACAUGUGUUCAUGCAAGUCUCAUCUUUUUUUUAAAAAAACUAUGAGAUCAAUUGUGUUGAAGCUAAAUUUUGUUACUAAAAUUCAGAAGCACAACUUAAUUUUGCUUUUGACUGUAAUCUAAUAUCGUUCAGUGUGCCACUUUAAACUGAAAAACAAAUAUGCAAGAUCUAGUUCAUAUUUAAUAAAGUAUUACAACUGUAUGCAAUUCUAAGAUGGAAAUUAUUUUUUCUCAUUAAAAAAACAAGCAUACUAAUGCAACAGAAGGGCUUCGUAUUUGUACAGCAACUUUAAUUUAUUGCAUUCCCAGUAACAAUUGUGCAUGAAUCUGCUCAAUGAUAGACACACUUGCACAUGGUAACUAUUACCACAAAAGGAAUCUCUUGGGUUUCUACUGUUCAUGGAUUGAUAAUGUGAAACAGUAGGUCAGUUUUGUAUUCUAAAUCACCACAAAGAUCUGAAUGAUUGCACGUUUCUAACCAGACAUCAGCAAAUAUUUCAACUGUAGUCUUUUCUGAUUGAAUUUUAAGUCAGCACUAGCUUGUUGGUCAGCAUUCAUUCAAACAGUUGGCUGCUCUGAAGAGCCUUAUUUUUCGGCAGUUAAUUGUUAAGGUGUUUCAUCCUGGAGAUGUACCUUUUUCUGAAGAUCCUAAGCUAGAAACAGAUGUGAUAUAUCCAUUUUCCUGCUGUUGAAGGUUCACAAGUGGAACCUUUCAGUCCUCUAUGGGUUGUGACUUUGUGUUAGAGCAAGGGAAAAUAAUUGGGAAGCUAACCCCAGCAUUUGUGAAGCUGAGUCAGGGAGUCAAGUUACUUACUCUUGUGAUCUUCUGGUCAGCUCCUGCCAGACCAAAGCCAAGGUGUAUCAAUGCAUGAAGAAAGCAGGAUGUUCCAAGUGACCCUGUGUCAGCUAGCAUACCAUCAAGCAGAAUUUGUUCUGAACUUUCGAUUUUCAGUUGUUACCAGGGCGUCGUUGUACAAAGCGAUAUUAGCACUAAAGUAAUCAUAACUCCCAUGCAUUAACAUAGAGGACAGUCUUAGGGCUUAGGUUGUUUUGUAAAACGGCAGCCAGGUGUCCAACUGCCUAGGUGAUUCUUAACCAGCAGUCUGAGCCUUAUCCUAGUACGGUAUUUGAAUGUAGAUGGUCAUUGGAUCAAGUCACCAAGGGUUCUGAAUGAUUUGUGCUCCUUUUCUCUGGUUAAUGCUAUGCAAGGAACUCAUGUUGGAUUCUCUGGCUUGCUGUUGGGGGCCUGUUCCAAGCAGGCUGGAUGUUUUUAUUGUGUAAUAUCCCAAUUCGAUCAGGUUGUGGAAGGUACAGUGAGCCUUUGACGAGCUUGCUGAUCAGCCUCAGCCUCAGCCCCAUGGUAUUCUUGGAUUGGUAUUGUAUCAAGAGUUUAGCAAUCACAACUAGGCCCCAUCUUAGACUAUAUAGGCUACAAUGUACAUAACAGCUUGAUUUUAUGAUGAACAUUUGCCAGAACCUGGCAUGCUUGUUAUUGUCAAAGGAUGCUGAUUUGAGUUGAGUGAUGGCUGUGUCAUGCAAAUGUGGAAAAUUCAAUAAAAUCAUAAAUCUUU